CCUACUUUGUCAGCAGCAACCAAAAGGCAACUCAGUUGGAUAAGAAUCUUAUCAGCACCUAAAGCCUUCCCAUUACGUUCAAAGAAAAGAAAAGAAAAUGGCGAUGAUUCCAAGUUUCUUUGGCAAACAAAGGGGCAGCAUCUUCGAUCCUUUCUCUCUUGACCCUUGGGAUCCUUUCAAGGACUUCCCUUUCUCUUCUUCACUCACCACACAUGCCCCUGAAACCUCUGCUUUUGCCAAUACACGUAUCGACUGGAAGGAAACUCCGGAAGCCCACGUCUUCAAGGCUGACCUUCCAGGGCACAAGAAAGAAGAAGUGAAAGUCGAGAUUGAGGAUGACAGGGUGCUCCAAAUCAGCGGAGAGAGGAACGUUGAGAAGGAGGACAAGAAUGAUACCUGGCACAGGGUUGAGCGUAGCUGUGGCAAGUUCUCGAGGAGGUUCAGGUUACCGGAGAAUGUGAAGAUGGACCAGGUUAAGGCUUCCAUGGAAAAUGGGGUUCUUACUGUUACUGUUCCUAAAGCGGAAUUGAAGAAACCUGAGGUCAGAGCCAUUGAGAUUUCUGGUUAAAAUCUUAAAACAGUUUUGGUGUACGCAACUAUGUUGUAUCGUAUACAUCGUUCUGAUGUAUAAUACUGUAAUCUACUAAACUAAAAUUUUCUUUACUUGAAUGUACUUGCCAUUUCG